AUGGAGUUGGAGUUGCCUAAUCGUUUAUACGGUGAGGGAUUGGAACCUCAGGUUAAGAAGAUUAAUAACAGCUGCCGACUAAAACUUCUCGAGUUGCUGAAAGAAAAACUGGAACCAGAAUUCGAUGAAGUUAUGAAAGAUCCCAAUUUUUCACAGAUUAUGGUUAUCCAGAAGAAUGAUCUGAAGUUUUCGGCGAGGUUGGUACACUCUUUCUUGUGUAAGGAGUUGAUGACAAGCAAGAGACAUGAGAAGUGGUUCACUUUCGCUAGGAGACCUCUGCGUUUUGGAUUGCAAGAGUAUCAUGCUGUCACUGGUCUGAAAGUGAAGCGAGAGAAUAACAGUGGGUUAGUGACAUGGAAAGAUGAUGAUGGUUUUUGGAGCAAGCAGAUAAAGACAAAUGGAAAAAUAAAUUUGCAGAUCAUAAAAAAGAAGCAUUUGGAAGAGAGCAAUACCUGGACUUGGGUUGAUAGGGUGAGACUGAUAUAUCUUUGCGUUAUUAUGGGUGUGGUGAUGGGGAAGGAUGAGAAGGUGAAUAUCCCGCAUCUGUACAUGAAGUUGGCGAUGGAUUUGGAGAAGCUUCGGAAUUACCCAUGGGGUCUGUAUUCGUUUGAUUUCCUUCUGAAGCAAAUUGAUAAAACAAGGCAUAAAUUAAAGCAGAAAAAGGGGUAUCUGAUGGAAGGAUUCUUGUUUGGUUUCCAAAUUUGGAUAAUGGAAGCUGUUCCUGCUUUAGGAGAGAUUUGUGGCACAAAAGGGAUUUUGCAUUCAUUCAUGGAAUCUCCUAUAAAUGGAGUGGUCCUUUUGGCAACUGAUUUUUUACAGAAGGAUGAGAAGAAAGACGAAAGAGUAGAUCGCAUUUUGGAUAUGAUCAAUAGUAAACAUGAUUGGAACAAUCAUGUUUGGGGAAUAAAAGAAGCUACGAACUCUGAAUUUGAGGAAUUUGGCGAAGAGAAAAGAGAGGAUCAAACAGCUGAUACUGAGAGAGGUGAAAAUAGUCAUGUUGCAGGGAAUGUUGAUGGCACAGCUGAUGUUUCGGGAAGAAACAAGAGAAAGCAUGCAGACCGAGGAGCAGAGUCAAGGAAGAAGAAUGUUUUGUGCCACCUAGCUGCUUCAUCAAAAGGAAAUAUUGACACAUAUAUGAAAAAUUUCUUGGAGGAUCUGGUACAAGCUUCUUUUACUACUUUUGGGGAGAAAUUAUGUCAGCAGUUCUCGGACAGAUUGGGGAAAAUUGAGGCUGAGGUUACACAGCUCAGGACAACUUUAGUGGUGACUGAAUUGGUGGGAAAGAGUGAUCAAGCAAGCGGUCCUAGCAUGACCAAAAUCAACAGUGGUCCUAGCACCAGCAAAAAAGGCACUGCUCCAUCAAAGAAAAAGGCUGUAAAAAACCAAGAGUUAAAGACUGCUGAUUCGUGUGUCAAUUUACCUCGUGCAAAAGUUACUCAAUCAUCAGCUAGUGAUCUUCGUAUGGGUACACAAGAGUUUUUGGAAAGUUGCAAGAAGAACCUUCCAUUAGACACAUUUGUGAAAGGUUUGAAUCCUUCUCAAGCUAAAGUCGAAGAUUCAUUGGAUUGGUUGGAACUUCCAAAAUCAUUGAAGAAGCCAACAGAUUCAUUGGAACUUCUAAAAUCAUUGAAGAAGCCAGCGGUCCGAUUAGAUGACCGAGAUAUAGAGCUAGACGGCGAAGAUUUCCCUGACCGCUGCUUGGUGUUUGUGCAUCCUACAGAUUUUAAGAAGAUGCAGGACUGA